AAUAGAUCUACACACAUGUGUGAACUGGAUCACGGCAUAUUUUAUGCGAUAUACUUCAGUAAAGAUAAUUUAGCCAAGAUGUCAACAAGCAGAAAUAUUUCGAAGCUAGUUUUAUUGCUUGUUUUUGCUUUAUGCGUUGUUUGCGACAGUCCCGAGGAGAUAAAGAGGAAAAGGGCCCAGCUCAUCAAAAAGCAUUUGAAACGACUAAAGAAGGUAGAUGGAGGUAUUAAAUUGGUUGGAGGCAGAGGAGAAUUUGAAGGUAAUGUGGAAAUACUUCAUGAUGGAAGUUGGGGAGCAAUAUGUGAUGAUGAAUGGGAUGUUACUGAAGCGAGAAUUAUUUGUAAGCAACUUGGGUAUCCCCCAGAAAAAGCCCAACCAACGGCAAAUUCAUAUUUUGGUCCCGCUAAGAGACGAUUUUGGAUGGAUAAUAUCUAUUGCGACGGUACCGAAGAAGAAAUUUCUCAGUGCCGAUUCGAUGGUUGGGGACAAAAUGAUUGCACUUCCACCGAAUCUGCCGGGGUUAUUUGUGAUGAACCUGAAGAAGAAGCGAAAGUAACCAGUUUGGAAGUUUUGAAACCAAAAAUGGUGUCCCUGCCAGAAAACCUAAAGAUUCGUCUGCGAAAUGGAAGAAUUAAAACAGAGGGAAGAGUGGAAAUAAAAACUGGAGACAAUUGGGAAGUUAUUUGUGGAGAUGGGUGGUCACUUUUCGAAGCUCUGGUUGUUUGUAAAUCUUUAAACAUGGGGUACGCCAGCGACGCAAUGCAAACGGACUACUUCGGUGGCAACCUCACCAAAAACAGCCUUGGAGGCGUCAAAUGCCUGGGCACCGAAAGCUCCCUUUCCCAUUGUAGGCACGAUCAGCACGCUACAGGGCACUGCGCUAGUAAAGAUGUCGCUGCAGUUUCCUGUACCCAUUCGAUGGCUGAUCUCAUCAUCGACCACAUGGAACUGAUGUCUUCAGCCCACUUGGACGACAAGCAGAUGUUCUUCCUGCAGUGCGCCAUGGAGGAGAACUGCGUCGCUUCGACGGCUUACGAAAUCCAGAAGGAGAACCCGGCGUGGCAUCUGGAAACCAGGAGGUUGCUCAGGUUCACGGCGAAGAUUUUCAACGCGGGUACCGCCGACUUCAGGCCGGCUAUCCCGAAGCAUCUUUGGGAGUGGCAUAUGUGUCACAUGCACUAUCAUAGCAUGGAAGUUUUCGCCACUUUCGACAUUUUCAACAACAAAGGCCAGAGAGUGGCAGAGGGCCACAAAGCCUCCUUCUGUCUAGAAGACAACCAGUGCCUUCCUGGCGUUAAACCUGUAUUCGCUUGCGUCAACUACGGUGAUCAGGGAAUAUCUGUGAACUGUUCAGAUAUAUACAAAUACACCGUUGACUGUCAAUGGGUAGACAUUACGGACCUUGAGCCAGGCAAGUAUACCAUGAAGGUGGCUGUUAAUCCGGAGUUCAAGGUGCCGGAGAUGUCUUUCGAGAAUAAUGCCGCUGUUUGCGACUUUUUGUACUCCGAGACGUAUGGAACUGUCACGAACUGCGUUGUUCAGCGCCCUUGAGGAAUAAUGAAGAGAUUUUUUUUAGUAUUGUGAGUUAGUAUUACUUGGGUUUCAUUGAAUGACCAUCAACGGAACUGAAGCACCAUUCAUAGCUAUCAUAUGGUAUCAUACCUAUCAUUAUCUGCAAGACCAUAUUUUUGAUACCAUUUCUGCUACUCUCAUUGUCAAAAAACCGGUGCAACCAAAAUUUUGUUACAUUUCAAAACAUCAUAACUUUCAAGAUAAUACUUCUACUGCAUUGAAUUUUUUGUACAUUCUAUACAAUAAUCCUUUAGCAAUAUGACACGUAACUUGAAGUGCCUUAUUAUGUUCCUGUCCUCAAAAGGAGCCUAGAGCAGUGUAUCUUUGAAGUGCAUUUCAUAAAUGCUCCAUUGGAUUCAUGUCUGGGAUUUUUUGAGGCCAAACCAUGUGUCUUUUUCUAAAAUGAUUUGAGUAUUCACAUGCGAUGUAUCAGUAUAUAGCCAUGCACCAUUCUUUAAUGAAUGGUACAAACUGCACUAAAUAUUCAACUAAAAUUUUUCAGAUGUACGUAUUUGCUGAGAGCAUUCCUCAUAUGCAGAGUACUAUGUAAGCUCCAAACAAAAUUUCUCUUUAAAUCAUUAUGAAGUCUCCUCAAAACACUCUUGUUCACUCAUCAUGCCUUAUUAAUAUCGUUCAUCAGUUUUUCUCUAUAAUUUUGGUACAUAGUUGUACACACACCUUGAUGUGAGGUUUUCAUCAAUAGCAUCUUUGGGUGUCUCAGUAUUGCAACGCUAUCGUAUAGCGUCACAUUAUUGUGACAUCCAAAGAUGCUUUUGAGACACUCAUCUUGUCCUUAUCUAUACAGUUUCCUUUCUCGAAAGCUAUGAUGUUUUAUGCCUGCACCAGUUUUUUAUCAUCCCUGUAUUUCUUUGCGACCCAUAAGAGAUUGAAUUAUUUUAGUGUAUAAAAUAAAGAAAUAUCAUGUUGACUUAUUAAACACGUUUGAAGCAAUUUGAAA